ACUCCCAUCGGCCAGGCUUGUGAUUCGUCUUUUGUCUGGACUCGGGCCGGCCGAUGGCACCGCUUCGUUCCUGCAGCCAUUCCACAAGUGGCCGUCAUCAUCAGCGCUUCCGCGUUUCCGGUAAUCGUUGUGCGCUCCCAAGAUACUUGGUUCGAAUUGUGCGGAAGUUUUCAAAAAAUACUAUUGCUUACAAUUGGAAAGCGAAAAAUGUUAAUAGCCAGCAUCAAUAUAAAUAUUUAACAAAAAUGAUAUGCAUUCUGAAUUGUGAGAGUUGUUGAAAAGUGCUUUUAACUUUAUUUCACUUUUUUUAUUUAGAAACAUCGUGGACAAAUUAAAUUAAAUAAAUUCGGCCAUUUUUGUUGCGCCACUGCGAAGCUUCAACAACCAUGGAUGCCACACAGCUAACGGAACUAAUGGGCAGCCAUGAUUUUAUGCAGUUACAACAUCAAUUGCAUCACAAUAACAACAAUUACAACACAGAUGGACACAAUGGAUUGUCUUCAGAAUCGGCGGAGGGAAGUUCCCGACCCGUCCGUCGCGCCACCAGACGAACAUCACAGCUAAGCAAUAACACUUAUGACCUGGAGAUGACAGACUCCAGUUCGCAAAGCGAUGACACAAGCGGCGGAGGCGGCAGCAGCAACGGAGGUGGCAGCGCCACUAACACUGGGCAUCCGUCCGGCGGCUCUCUGGGCGGUCAGGGGCCAUCAAGCCGCGGCCGGGUCCAGCAAACUAGCUUAGGAGUCUGUUCAUCGACCAUUGCCCCGAACAGUGCCAGCUCCAACUCCUCGAACGCGAACGGCAACGCAAAUAGGCGACGGAAAGGAGCCCUGAACGCUAAGGAGCGGAAUAUGCGACGUCUGGAGUCAAAUGAACGCGAACGAAUGCGGAUGCACAGCCUAAACGAUGCGUUUCAAUCGCUUCGAGAGGUCAUACCUCACGUGGAGAUGGAGCGACGGCUGUCCAAGAUUGAAACUCUCACGCUGGCCAAAAACUAUAUCAUAAAUCUGACCCACAUAAUACUCUCCAAGCGCAACGAGGAGGCGGCGGCCUUGGAGCUGAACUCGGGGGCCGUUGGCGGAGUGUUGCUCUCAAGUCUUGCCUCCGAAAGUGGAGGGCCGGUAGCGAGUGGCAUUCCUACAAAUUCCAGUGCUACGACACUCUGCUUCGAGAACGCCCUGGCCAACGGAGGCGCCUUCGACUGUGCCCUUUUGGCAGCCACCGAUGGCAGCUUGCUGAACGCUGCCACAGUGACCGCCAGCCCCGCGAUGCAGAGCAUCCAAUCACAAGCCAUACACUUGCAGACACCGAUGGAGCAGCAGCAACAGCAAGCCAGCCAUCUUUCGCACCACCAGCAGGCGAUUCAUGGCCAUGGCCACCUGGGGGCCAGCAUGAGCGUUCAAACGCAGCAGCAGCCUACGCUCAUACUAAAUGGCAAUACAUCGGUGGGAAUGGGAGUUGGAAUCGGGGUUGGAGUCGAAGUGGGAGUUGGGGUGGGAAACAAUGCGCCGAACUUUGCAGAUAUCAAUGAUAACUUCGACGAGCCCUUCCGAGAGUUUCUGUAAGCCAUCCUUAAGGCGUUGGUUCCGGGAUCGUAAGAAACGGCAUAGGGAAAUGGUUGCACGCAUGUAUAAAUACAGUAUAAAGCUCAAAAACGAUAUUUAUGAACCCCAGCGCGGCGGAUUCACCGCCUUGAGUGUUCGAAUUGUGUCAUUAAUGAAACAUUUUUGCAAUAAACGU